CCGCAAACAUUCCAGUCGUCAAACGCGCGCACUUGAAGAAGCUUCGGGUCCGAUUUUAAAGCAGUUCCUUCCAGACUUGAAUUCGACGCGAAAGAAGUGCUCGAAGAUCCCGUGAUCUUUAUCUUAGUGAUACUGCCAGGAGUAAAAGACUAAGCAACCGAAAUCUCAAGAAUGACAAGGAAAUCAGAGGAAGGCUCACAACAUAGAACCGGGAUUUAGCUGUUUCAGAGGAGAGGAUUUGGAAGCCAAGAGUUUGUCACGUAUCGUUAGCUCAGUCUGUAAAGGGCUGCACAAGAUUAUAGAUACACAUUCGUUUUUGGUCACAAUUAAACAUGACGACGUUCAGAGAGAUAUACUGGUUAUUUGGCGUCGUGCUGAUAGUUUCGCUGGCCGGAAGGAGUUGCCAAGAUGACGUCUCGGAAAAUGCGGUCGGAGGACCGGUGCGAGGACAGAUGCCGCCACUGGCCGUUAUCUCGGACGCGCCGAUGAGUCUAGCUAAGUCGAUGGCCAGGGUUCCGCUGCUCCCCGUGCCCCAAAAGGACCUCGUCGUCAUGAGGAACACCGAGAUCACCGCCCUGUCGCCCGACAACGCCCUUGUCCAGUGCUACAACCAACGCACCGGGCUCACGGAGGCGAUGCCAGCUGUGAAAAUGUUACUCAGGACCCCGGUGUUCAUUAACUCAGGAUUAGAGCGAACGGUGGUAGAUUUCCCGUCCGUUGUCAACGUUUUUUAUCGUGGAUCCAUGGUUCCUCUGCCGGUCGGAGCUCUCAUUGCACCCAUCACUUACCAGCAACUGAGUCAGCCGAUCUUAAUCAAAACUGUAUACGCAGUGCCAACAUUCCCGCUCAACUACCAUUACGCACCAUCGCUAGCCGCGACAACAUACAGUCGGCCGCCGUACUUGUUCCAGCCGUACCCUCUGGGCUACAACCUCUACAGCCAGUACGGCGCCCCUGCCCCCUACUACCCGUACCGGCCGAUGGGCGCUCUGCCCGCACCCGCACCUGCACCAGUGGUCCCCUCGAGCGACGCCAAACCGCAACCGCAACCGCCGGCGAUGGCCGCGGUGCAGCCGGCGACGGUGAAGCAGCCGCCGUCGGUGGCGUACGCGACGAAGCCGGGCGCCCCGGUGGUGACGGUGCUCGACUUCCCGGAGGCGGUGGCCAGCCCGAGCGUGCUCUACUACCAGCCGCCGAUCAGCAGCGACUCCGAGUUCGAGAACCGAGAGCCGCCGCAGCCGGUCAUCCCGGCCGGCAUCGUGCAGUCGACCCAGCCGCAGGCCAACCAGCAGCUCUUCCUCAACUCCAAGGAGUCCGUCUACCUCCUCUCCAUCAAGGAGGACGUCAAGAGGGCCUAGGCCCCCGCCGAGGCUGGGAGAAGUGAUCUAUGGUCCCUCGGGCAAAUCCCUUCCGGGUAACCCUCGUCUGACAGAUUCGGAUCGCAAGACACUUAUUGACGUGUGUUCGAUGAGAACGAGUUAGAAAUCGAUAGAAGAGGAAGAAGAAGAAGAAAAAUAAGAAGAAGAAUAAGAGGAGGAGAGGGGGAAAGAGGAAGGAGAAGGAGAAAGGAGAGAAUAAUGCAUUUAUCUUACUAUUCUUCUACCUCGCGACGGUAAAACUCCCAAAUCACGAAUCUCGUUUGUUUUAAAAUCUCUGCUUCUGUUAUACUUUUUUAAAGGCGAGAAAAUCAGCAUUAUUGCUUGAAAUUUUCAUGACAGUCUUUAAGAAUUGAAAAGAUGAAUUGAGUAGUUUUCCAUUUAAGGAUUAAAAUAUGACAGGAAAUAAAUCGAGGUUCGAGGUGUGGGAGUGUCACCGUCGCUCUUCCUUUUCUUCUACCACCUCCUCUUCGUCUACAUUCUCCUCCUCCUUUUACUCUCUUCCUCCUCUUCCUCUUCUUCCUCUCCUUCUUCUCCAUCUUUCUCGUCGUCUUCGUCGUUUUUAUUUUUCUUCUUUUUCUCUUCCGUCUUUCUCGUCGUCGUCCUCUUCCUCUUCAUCUUCUUAUUUUUGUCGCCCGAUUUCUUGCGCCCCCUCAUUUGACAAAUAUUAGGAUGUGCUUCUUUUUUUUAAAAAAAAGUACUCUCAAGUACCCUAUUGCUUAAGCGCAGUUGAUGAUAGCAAACCUGAGGUGUAAAAUACCCGAGUCGGUCAGACUAGGGUUAAGUGAGAUCGAUAAGAGGUUUCAACGUACUUGUAGUUUGGAACUAUUGUCGAACUGGCAAAUAUACCAGUUAGCGAGGUUUGAAUAGACCCGGUUGUUUUUAAGUAAAGUGGUUCUACGUCACUUAUUUCGAGAUCAUGCGCUAGUCAAUCGGUCAAUUGAUGCUAUCUAGAUUUUAAGACAUUUUUCAAGAGAUAUGUAAAAUCUACAUUAAGCUGCAAUGCGUCGGACAUUCAUGUACAAGAUUUAAUCGAGAUUUACUUUGAAAUGGCUCCGGAUGCACGUCCUUAGCGAAUGUCGCAAAUCGAAGGACAAAGAAAAUUGCAAUAUUCGCUAGGAAAGUACAAUCGGAGUUAUUUCAGGGUAUAUCAACUUUUGAUUAUGAUUACCUAGCCCAACAUAGGACAAUGUGACUUUCAGGGUUUAUUGAUAAAUGUUUGAAAAUCCAGAAAUUAAUUAAUUGAUCAACACUCUUAAUAAAAACUCCGUAAAAAUGUGCCAUAUGAUUUGCUCGAGGGUAUUAAAGUCUGAGAAUGUGGAUGUAACUGUUAAAAUAAGGAUACCGGAGAAAGCCAAUGUAAUUCGUUCACCGGAUUAGUGCUUGUCAAAAUUUUAAAACUAUACGUGUUCUUGUCAUUUUUGGAGGAUGAAAUCAUAUGCCAUUGGAACUUACAUUCCUCCUUCACUUUCCACUAGUGUUCUUAGACCUACCACAUUUUUCAGUCAUUUCAAGUUCAUACAUCGGUAGUAUUCACAACUUUCGGUUUUUUGGGUAUUUAAAUUUUCCUCUACUUUUUUUUACGAAGAAGUAGAAAGUACGAAAAGCAGUUUUUUCGAUGUACGUUGAGAAAAAUACCGAAAAAUCUGUUGUUCGGAUUAACAAAAUUUAGUUUUUAUCUUUUUCAGUGUUGGUUUUGUAAAUUUCUAUACUGCCUGAAACAAUUGGACCUAUAUAUGAACACUUAUAUUGUAUACGAGCGGGCGAAUUUUAGUGCAUUCGUUCAAAACAUGUCAAAUAAUUUAGACAUUUACUUCAUCGCUACAUGAGUGAAUUGUAGACCAAUUUAGUAUUACCUACUUAGAAUAGACAGAAUAUAAAUACAAGAUCAUCUUCUCCCUAACCUUUCGGUGUAAUGUAGAUUCUACGGGUCUGGGGGAUGUGCCUUCCCCUGCCUCAGGGUAUCUCUAUAAGAUCAUCAACUAAUUACCUUUUACCUAAGAGGAGCGGGUAAUGCCCUACCUAUUUUAGUGUUCGUUUUUACUUUACUUCUUAGUCUUGUCAGUCCAACAAUACCAUUGAUAAAAUGUUAGACUACACUCGUGUACAGUUUAAGAUACAACUUCGUCCGAAGCAACGUGCUAGCUUUGAGUUUUUUUUCUCGAAUCAAAUCCAACAGGAUUUCAUUUCGAUGAAUAAAUUUUAUUGAGAAUAAUC